AUGUCUCGAAAAGACGAGCUCACGUGCAAUGUAAUUAUAGGCGACGAUAAGAAAACUGUGGUGAGUGUCGAUGAUCGAUUGGAAUGAAUGACGAAUUGCAAUGGAAUUUGAUAGUUUUUCAGGUUUAUGCUCUUCGCCUCGGUACCGGACCAACGACUCAACGAACAUUUGAGGAGCAUGACCGAUUCUUCAGCACUGUAAGUUAUUGUAACCAGAUUUUUUAGGGGAAAACGUUGUUGUAUCAUCGUUUUUUGACCAGUUUCAUAGGAGGUUUUACAUUUUUAGUAUCACGCUCUAAAAAACCAAAUCAGUGAAUCACUCAAGAGGUUUUUGUUCAGUUCUCAACAAGAUUUCAGAUCAAAGAGCUGAUUCCCGCAACAAUCGCAUCUGCUCCGAAAAAAAGGUUUCUUCAGGCGGAUAGUAAGUUUUACGAGAAACGACGGCAGUGGAUCCUUGCGGUCAGUCAACAUCUCGUUGACAAUCAUAUGAGAAAGUGGGUGAUGUUCUCCUUUUCCCACCAUAUCGGUAUGUUUUAGUGAGGACGUGCGUCGUUUUUUGCACAUUGAAGCGCCGGAUGACGAUGAGAACAAUGUUGAUUUGGGACCGAGUGAGAGAAAAACGUAAAGAGGCAUCUCAUUAGAAAACCGCUAUUAUCAAUGUAUUUUUAGUGCUACCGCCAGUGACUUCGACUUCCUCACCACUAUCGGAAAGGGAAGCUUUGGAAGGGUAUAUCAAGUACGUCACAAGGAGACCAAAAAGAUCUAUGCGAUGAAAGUGCUGUCCAAGGAGCAUAUUAGGAAGAAGAAUGAGGUUUUCUGAAGUGUUCCGACAAUUCGUACUUAUUUUGCAUGGCUUUUAGGUCAAGCAUGUCAUGGCCGAGCGAAAUGUGCUCAUCAGCAACUUCAAGCACCCAUUCCUCGUCUCUUUGCACUUUUCCUUCCAGAAUAAGGACAAACUCUACUUUGUUUUGGAUCACUUGAACGGAGGAGAGGUUUGGAUUCACAUUCGACAUGAAAUUCGAGCAAUAUUUCGUCUCUUAUAGCUCUUCUCUCAUCUUCAACGCGAAAAACACUUCAGCGAGUCGAGAAGCCGUUUCUACGCGGCGGAAAUUGCAUGUGCGCUCGGUUAUCUUCACGAGAAAAACAUCAUCUACAGGUAGUUCCUCAUUACUCUUCCUUCCUCUCUUCCCAAUUUCCUUUUCCUUUCUUUCCUUUCCUCCCUUCAAACAAACCCCUUGAUUAGUUUUUACACGAAAAAGUGAUUACAUUCGGCGGCAAACACAUAUCCGUUAGGUACUCGAAAUUGGUUUCUCAUUAUGAAUGCGACAGGAGAAGUGUGUACAUAAUGUGGAUGUAUUAUAGAGACCUGAAACCCGAGAAUCUGUUGUUGGAUGACAAAGGAUAUCUGGUGCUCACCGAUUUUGGGCUCUGCAAGGAGGAUAUGCAGGGAAGUAAGACGACGUCGACCUUCUGUGGAACUCCCGAAUACUUGGCUCCAGAGAUUAUUUUGAAGAAACCGUAUGACAAGACUGUGGAUUGGUGGUGCUUGGGAUCCGUGCUUUAUGAGAUGAUUUUUGGAUUGGUAGGCCCAAGUAUAGUAAAGACAACAGUUAACCACAUAAUUUCAGCCCCCGUUCUACUCAAAGGACCACAAUGAAAUGUACGACAAGAUCAUCAACCAGCCACUCCGUCUGAAGCACACCAUUUCGGUCCCGUGCAGCGAGCUCAUCACUGGUCUCCUCCAGAAGGACCGUUCUAAGCGUCUCGGCCAUAAAAACGACUUCCGCGACAUCCGAGACCACCCAUUCUUCCUUCCGGUUGAUUGGGACAAACUGCUCAACCGUGAACUAAAGGCUCCGUUCAUUCCGAAAGUCAAAAACGCGACGGACACUUCGAACAUCUCCAAGGAGUUUGUGGAGAUUCAAAUUGAUCCCGGUAGGUUUGCGGUUUUCGUAGUGCGAAGAAUAUGCACCUUCACAAGAUCGUCUCGGGAGUGGCGGGACAACACCGCUAAUUAGACGCGGGCUCGGUUCUCAGCUCUCGCUUCUCCCGCAUGCCUUCCAGUCACACGCUGCUGAGCGCCUUGGCCACGAGCCAGAGCCACCUCUCUUUUGAGCUCAUGAACCAAGACCACGCCCAUUAUCCUCUUCGCUUCCUCAUAUUUGCCACCCAAUUGGGCUCCUUUUUUGCAGCUUCAUUGGCGCCACAACAACUCGCUGUCACUCAUCGUGAUCACGAUUUCGAGAAUUUCACUUUUGUGGAUACCAAUCGAGUUCUGGCUUGA